UCAAACUCUCGCGCUCGUUGUUUUUUUUUGUCGUAUUUGCUUUCUGCUGAGAGCCUGAGAUAGGUUUCCGGUUAAAUCUCUCGGACAUUAGGGUUUAGACUGGUUUUGAUGUUUAAACUCACUUUCUAUUUUUGUCUGCGCCUACUUGAGAAUUGACUCGAGAAAGGCGUCACUCACUGGUUGUUGGAGCUGGUGGAAACAAUGGGUAGUUCAUUUAAUGCUCAGAUAUUAGUUGAGAAGCUUUCUAAACUCAACAAUUCUCAAGCUAGCAUUGAGACUUUGUCGCAUUGGUGUAUCUUUCACAUGAACAAGGCGAAACAUGUUGUGGAAACAUGGGGCAGGCAGUUUCACUGUUCCCCGCGUGAGCAACGGUUGGCGUAUCUGUACCUCGCGAAUGAUAUCUUGCAGAAUAGUAGGAGGAAAGGUUCAGAGUUUGUUGGUGAGUUCUGGAAAGUACUCCCCGAGGCUCUUCGUGAUGUGAUUGAUAACGGUGAUGACUUUGCAAGAAAAGCUGUCCGUCGACUGGUUAAUAUAUGGGAAGAAAGGAAAGUUUUUGGAUCUCAUGGACAAAUUCUCAAAGAAGAGAUUCUGGGAAAGCAGCCUGAAAAUGGAGCCAGGAACGGAGCACUUGUGCCACUUAAACUUAAACAGGCAAAUGGAAGUCCCUUGGAGAGAGUAGUAUCUGCUGUUGAAGCUCUUCAUGGCGUUCAGAUUGAUGAGGAUGUCAUUAUUGGGAAAUGUACUAGUGCUGCUGGUUACCUUGAGAGAACAACGCAGGAGGUUGAGAAAGAUCUUAGUUCAGGACACACCCCAGGCCCCACGGUGGUAAAGGAGGUGCAGGGACAACAUGCCAUACUGAGAAACUGCAUCGAACAGCUAAGUGUAGUGGAGACAUCCAGAACAAGUCUUAUCUCUCAUUUAAGAGAAGCUUUACAAGAACAGGAACUCAAGCUUGAGCAAGUCCGUAACCACCUCCAGAUUGCUCGGUUUCAAUCAGACCGAACUGCUGAUCUCUGCAAACAGCUUCUAGACCAUGGUAGUAGUUCACAGCCUCCUCCUACAAAAGAAGAAGCCAUCAAAGUCUCACCGGUUGCAUCAGCACCACAAAGCUUCACACACAUCGAUGUGGAACAAUCUGCUCCACUCAUGUUUGCCUCGAACCCACCAACUCAAUCAGUGGUAGACCCGAGAAAAACCGCAGCCGCCGCAGUGGUAGCUAGGCUAACCGCAUCAACCUCCUCAGCGGAGAUGCUCUCCCACGUUCUCUCCUCCUUAGCCUCGGAAGGCAUCAUCGGAAACAACCCACCUGCUGUAACAGGAACUCCAUCAUCCGACGAGUACCCGCCAGAGAAAAGGCCCAAGCUUCAAAACCAUGACCAGUCCUAUCUCCAGCAGCUGCAACAACAACAACAGAACGCUGCAACAACAUCCACAGCCACCACCAGUCCUCAACUGCUUCCGCCUCCACCACCACCACCAUACCAGCUUCAACCUCAGUACUUGCAGCCGUUACAGCCUCCUGGUCCUGUAAACCAGACACCAUUCAACUACACUAUAGCAACCACUUCUGCAUCCACUCAAGAACAACAACAACAACAACAAGGUCAUUGGGUUCCUCAGCUCACCCCACUUCCAACAACCUCUGCACCAUCAGAUAAUUCAUACCAGAAGUUUCAGGGACAAGAUGGUUUCUAUGGCAUCAACCCAUCCGUCUCUAUGACACCUGUCUCUCGGCAGUAGAAGAAUCCGUCCUGUAGGGUUUAUAGAGCCAAAAAGGCUCACUUUUUGUUGUUGUUUAAAGUACAGUUAUAAUGAGUGUUUGAUAGGAUUUGCGUUAUUGGAAUUCGCUUUGUGUAUGCUUUCUUCAAACACUCCUCUCUAACUAUAUGUUCUCUGCACAUAUUUGUCA